UAACACUGCACACACUCAUGUUGAGCAUGUUGUACACAGGUUUUCCGAUUCAUGUUACAUGAGACAGCAACAGAUUUCAAGGUAAUACACGUGUGUCCAACGCAACGAUUUCGACAUUUUAGAUAUUUUCGAUAAUUUAUCAGCUUUAACAUACGUCAACAUCAUAGCCACGCAAUGAAAGUAAUCAGUAUUUUAAACAAUGUCGACGAAAUUGCGGUUCAAUGGGGUUAAUUACAAUUUUAAAUGAAAAAAACUUAUUUUUAAAUGUUUUCUCUCUCUUUCUUUCUUCCUAUGUGAGAGUUGCUCUUACCAGACACCAAUAGGUCAAAUAUCUCGAACGUCCACCGAAACCAGGCCGUGCGAUCAUAUGCUUCUCGUGGUGUGGAAUGACCACAUGAUUGAAAUCAUAGUACAAUGAGAAGUAGUAUUGACCCACAACGAUUAAAUGAAAUAAUUUCACCAAAAUUGCCAUUUUUUCACUCAUUCAAAUAUUCAAAAGAGUUUGAAAAUUGUGAUUUCUUUUUCAAUUAUUGAUACAAAAAUGUCACCGUAAUAAUAACUUAUUCACUACGACCAAAUUGAAGUCAUUUCACUAACUGAAUUAGCGAUAACUAUCCAUAUUUGGUUGACCGUCAGGUUUUUUUCUGUUCAAUAAUUUUUAAUAAUAAUUCUUAUUGAUUUUUUUGGACUUACAACACUAACCAUUGGCAAUAUUUGUUAUUUUAAGCUUAUCUAUGAAAUCUUAUCAACUUUUUUUCACGAAAAAGCCUUUAGACGGCUAUUGUUUGCAUUAUCAUAAUGAUGUUGUCAAUGUGCGUAAACAAGUUAUUCUGCAUUCUAUGCACAUACGAAAACGCACACAACCGAUUGCAAAGAAUCAAAAGAAGAUAAGGAAACAAGUUCUAUAGCUUGAACGAAAUGCGAUGCAAUGAUGCAAUGACUCCGUUAGUAAUUAUAUUGAAAAUUGAAAGUAAAAAUUGGGAAGAAUUGAGGGAGCUAUAUCUGCCUGAAACACCAGAAACCAUUCUAGGAUUAGGAAUCAUUAGCAAUUAUCUUCGAUGGAUUCAACGAGAUGCAUCAAUUGCCAAUCUAACGUUUUACUCAUUGAACGGAGACUGGUCGGACGGAACGUUUGUUGUUGUUGAUAGAUACCAUGUCUAUUUUGACAGUUUGAGCGAAACAAAAGAAAGACUGACAACAUUACUAGACCUGCUUGACUAUACAAAUGGUUUCAGGAUCAUGCAUGUUCGUUCAAAACACUAUCCAGUCAUGUUGGAAAUAAUCAAAAAGAAACAUCUGCUACUCGAAUACGACGAUUCGAAUCUAUUGUACUAUCUACCCAAGCACCAAGCAACAGCAUUGUAUACUGAGCUACCUGAGAACUUUGAGAGUCGAUCACUCUCACAGGAAGAUGUUAUCAAAGCAAACGAUGAAUGGCCAUUUAAUCAUGCUGGAUCGCUUUUUUACCUGCAACGAUUAGCUCAAUUUAAUCCCUGCUGCGGAGUUUUCACAACCGACGGCAAAUUGGUGUCAUAUGGUUUUCAAUACCAAUCGGGCACGAUUGGAAACUUAUACACGGAUCCAGCUUAUCGAAAUCGAGGUUUUGGUUCAUCAAUUGCAAAAACCAUUUUUAAACAAACUGGCGAACAUGGUGGAGCAAUUGCCACUGUUAAGAGAACGAAUGCAGCAUCGCGAGCAAUUUUUGAGAAGAUUGGAUGCCAAGUUAUUGAUGAGGUUCAUUGGAUUGCAAUUCCAUGCAGAUGGACAGAGGAAGAUGAUAUGACACUCAGUGACGGAUCAAAUUAAAUCAUUUUAACCACAUCAAAUCAUCGUUUUUAACAACGGUUUAAGUUGAGACAUAACAGUACUUGAGUGACGAUGGCAAAGGAGUGAAAAAAUCCUUUUUGUUUCGAAAAUUCAUACAUUUAAUUUGCAUCAACACCAACACAAAAGUAUUGAGAUAAUUCUUAUUAUAAUAAUGUAAUG